AUGCCCCGGGCAGCAGCAGCAGCAACACCAGCAGCAGCAACAGCAGCAGCAGCAGCAGCAGCAAAGCCACCGGUUGAACGAGAGGCCCAGCCGGACUACUCCGACGCAGAGGGUCAACCCGAGGAGCCUCUUGGGCAGCAGCAAGAGCCACAGUCGAAGCCUCCGGCGCAGCAGCGGCAGCAAGCGCCGCAGCAGCAGCAGCUAGCGCCACCGCUGCAGCAGCAGCAGCAGCUGCCCCUGCAGCAGCCGCCGUUUGAGCAGCAAACUAGGUGGGGUGAGUGGGGCAGCAGCAGCAAGUGGCGGCGACCCUGGAGGCGACGACGGCCUUGGGCUCUACGGCCACGCCCACAGCAGCAGCAGCAGCAGCAGCGGCAGCAGCAGCAGCAGCAGCCCGCUGAUGGCACGGCGCCGGCCUUGUGGAGGAACCCCAGGUGGCAGAGAAGAACAGCAGCAGCAGCAGCGGGAGGUGCAGCAGCAGCAGCAGGAAGUUUUCUGCGGCCACAAGGACUGCCUGCCCCCAUGUUUGAGCCGCAGCAGCAGUGGCUCUCCCCUUUGCCGCCAGCAGCAGCAGCAGCAGCAGGCGAGAGCUGGGAACUUCCCCGCGAGAUCGACGUGGGGCUGCUGCAGCAGCAAGAUCUGCUGCUGCAGCAGCAAAUGGAAGCUGUGCUGCCGCUUUCUCUAAGUCCUGAGGCCCUCAGCGAUAUUGUUGAAGGCAGCAGGAGGCAGCAUUUGCUGCUGCUGUCGCGGCACGAGGGCCCCCCCCCGCUGCGGAGUCUCGUCUUCGCGCUGUGGAGAGACAGAGUCUUAGACCAGCUCUACGAGCCCAUGCAGCAGCAGCAGCAGCAGCAGCAGCAGCAAAGUGGCAGGGGAAUUGCUGCGCUCGAGGAGGACUGGCAGAAGCACAUUUUGUGGACAACAGGGAUAGAUCUCCUGGCUCACCCACACCUGGAGAAGACCCUGCUGCUGCGGAAGGAAGCUUUUGUGCAGCGGAGGUAUAAGGCCGUAGUGCGGCGGCACCCGGGCUCGAGGUUUAGGUACAUUCCCCCGCAUUUCGGCAGCAGCAGCAGCAGCAGCAGCAGCAGCAGCUACAGCAGCUACAGCAGGGCGAUUCCUCAGCAGCUGCCACCUAGGCCGCCCAGACAGACCCGCUUGGCUCCAGGGAGCCGGCGAGGAGUGCAGCAAGAUCAUCAGCAGCAGCUGAAGCAGCAGCAGCCGCUGCAGCAGCAGCAGCAAGAUUCUCAGCAGCACCUGCCAGCGGACGGCGCCGACGGCACGGAGCUCGCUGAAGAGGGAACAGCAGCUGCGGCGACAGACGAAACAGCAGCAGCAGCAGCAGCAGCAGCAGAGGAGGGCAAGACGCAAGAGAAGGCCCGGCCAUCUCGCCGUGGGAGGCGUAGCGCGCAGCAGGAGACAGAAGCAGCAGCAGCAGCAACAGCAGCAACGAUGAAGCUGCCACUGGAGGAGGCCGUGUCCACUGAAGAUUCAGAUGCUACGGGCAGCAGCAGCGACAGCAGCAGCGACGGCAGCAGCAGCGACAGCAGCAGCGACGGAAGCAGCAGCGACAGCAGCAGCAGCGACCUCAUAGAGCUGCCAGUUAGCAGCGCAGAUGCUACGGGCUGCAGCGACGACAGCAGCAGCGGCGACAGCAGCAGCAGCGACAGCAGCAGCAGCGACUUUAUGGAGCUGUCAGUUAGCAGCACAGAUGAGGAGUUGCUGCCUGCUGCUGCUGAAGGCGCAGAGCAAGAGGAGGAGCUGCAGCAGCAGUAG